CAGCUAAAUUCUAUACGUUUGAUAGCAGACGCAGCCUUUUCUAGACUGGCCUAUGUUCAGCAAGGAGUUUGUAAAUUUCGUCAUUGUAAGAUAUAAAUUUCUCUAUUAGGAUGACCAUGAUUUCAAAGGCUGCAGUGGGUAUUGCUGUUGGCAUAGCUGGAAUUUUUGUUGGAUAUUGCUUUUAUUUCGAUCAAAAGCGUCGUAGUGAUCCAGAUUUCAAAAAGAAAUUGCGUGAACGUAGAAAAGCAAAGAAACAAGCCCAGAGUUCUACUUCAAAAAUCCAAGAUUUGAAAGACCAUGAAGUAGUACAAAGAUUUUUCUUACAAGAGGUCCAACUAGGAGAAGAAAUGCUUACUUGUGGUGAUGUAGAAGGAGGAAUUGAACACUUAGGAAAUGCAGUUGCAGUUUGUGGACAACCUGCACAGUUGUUACAAGUUCUUCAAAAGACACUGCCACCACAAAUUUUUCACCUUUUAUUACAACGAUUACAACCUAUUAGUCAGAAACUAUCAACUCAAAUUGCAAUGGCUGAGGAAGAUGUUGAGUAAAAUACUAUACAAAUUGCGUUGAAUAUUCCAAAAAAUAAAAUCAAACCAUUAGUAGAAA